AAUCUCUUCGCCUCCUCCCCCCUCCUCACCUUCCUCCACAAUCUCCCUCCCUUCAUCCAUCCACCUCCCUCCCUAACUCCCUCCCUCCUUUCCCCCUCCCUCCCUCUCUCCGCACGGUGACGGACACUUGCAGCCAUUUUACGCAGCACGAAUCCAAUCAUGUCAUGAGAAAAGCUCGCCGCUCACCUGAGCCAGCAGCCGCCAACCGGUGGUCGCACGCAGGCGGGAGAACAGGCAAGACAGGCGGCGAAGACUGGCCAACAUGGUGAAGAGGAAAAGCUUGGAUGACAACGAGCCGGAGUGCGGCAAAGGAAUCCCGUUCCCUAUCCAGACCUUCCUGUGGCGGCAGACCAGUGCAUUUUUGCGUCCUAAGUUGGGAAAACAAUAUGAAGCAUCUUGCGUGUCCUUUGAGCGAGUCCUGGUGGAGAAUAAGCUCCACGGGUUGUCACCAGCCCUGUCCGAGGCCAUCCAGAGCAUAUCCCGCUGGGAGUUGGUCCAGGCCGCCCUGCCGCACGUUCUCCACUGUACUUCCAUCUUACUCUCCAAUAGGAACAAACUGGGUCAUCAGGACAAACUGGGCGUGGCUGAGACCAAGCUGCUCCAUACGCUGCAUUGGAUGCUCUUGGAUGCCGCACAGGAGUGCAACAACGAGCCCAGCCUGGGUCACGCUUGGUCUGCCGGCGGCAGUGGCGGCGGUGCAUUCCUACAGGCCGUUGGAAACCAAGGCUCAUCUCCAGGUGCACCCGGCUCCUGCUCCAGCUCUGCCUUUGGAGGGUCAGGCCCACAGCACGGCAGCUCCCAGUUCGAGGAGGAUGAGCACGUGCGCACCAAAUUGUUCCACAAGAGCAUGGCCACCGUGGAGCUGUUUGUCUUCCUCUUCGCACCCCUCAUUCACCGGAUCAAGGAGUCCGACUUGACCUUCCGUCUAGUCAGUGGUCUAAUUAUUUGGCAGCCAAUGUGGGAGCACCGCCAGCCUGAUAUCCCCGCCUUCACUGCCCUCAUCAAACCGGUCCGUAACAUCGUAACAGCAAAACGGAACUCUCCAGUCAUCAACCAAUGCAGCCCACGUGGGUCUGGAAACCCUGGAUCGAUGGGCUUUCAAGUGGUUUGUGAGGCUGGCCAUUCCGAUUCUUCCUCCUCCCCAGCCGCAGGAGAGCACAGCUGUCGCCGCGGUAAUUCUGUGGAGAAAGGCGGACCCUCUCAGCAACCCCCACUGAUCAAAGGACCGUCCAAGAAAAAGACGUCAGUCCCUGCCGGUGUGCCAGCAUCCCUGUCUCAGCGUGCUCGCUAUGCCACCUACUUUGAUGUCGCGGUUCUGCGCUGCCUUCUGCAGCCCCACUGGACAGAGGAGGGGGUGCACUGGGCGUUGAUGUACUACCUCCAACGGCUGAGACACAUUCUAGAGGAGAGGCCCGAACGUGUCCCAGAACCACUAGUUGCUCCUCUGCCGCGCCCGCGGAGCAGCUCCAUGGUGGCUGCCACGCCCUCGCUGGUCAAUACCCACAAAACACAGGAUAUGAGUCUUAAAUGCAACGAGGAGGGCAAAUCUCUGAGCACUGAGACGUUCACCAAGGUUUCUCUAACCAACCUUCGUCGGCAAGCUGUGCCUGACCUUUCAUCUGAUCUUGGCAUGAACAUCUUUAAGAAGUUUAAGAACCGGCGUGAGGACCGGGAGAGGAAGGGCUCCAUCCCCUUCCAUCACACUGGGAAGAAGCGCCAGCGUCGAAUGGGCGUCCCCUUCCUCCUCCAUGACGACCACCUCGAUGUCUCGCCCACCCGCAGCACAUUCUCCUUUGGGAGCUUCUCUGGCCUGGGCGAUGAUCGGCGUACUCUGGACCGUGGGGGCUGGCAAGCCACCAUCAUGGGCAAGUUUACGCGUCGGGGCAGCACAGACACAGCCGCCGAUGCCGACAGCCUGAGCACCAAGCACUCGCAUUCCCACCACUCGCUUCUCAGAGACAUGCCUGACCAUUCAAACAGCCACAGCGAGAACACCGUCAAAGAGGUUCGAUCCCAGAUUUCCACCAUCACCAUGGCCGCCUUCAACACGACUGUGGCAUCCUUUAAUGUUGGCUAUGCCGACUUUUUCACUGAGCACAUGAAAAGGCUCUGCAACCCCGUGGUUGUCCCAGAGAUGCCCGUGGAGACACUGGCCUGUGCCAACCUUCCUCGCAGCCUGACCGACUCCUGCAUCAACUACUCCUGCCAGGAAGAGGGUGACAACAUUGAGGGCACCAAUAACUUUGUGCUGAAAAAUGGAAUGUUAGACCUCUCAGCUGUGCUGCGUGUCCUCUACGCUGUCCUCAGCCAUGACAUUAGUUCCAGGAUCUGCGAUGUAGCUCUCAACAUCAUCGAGUGCCUGCUGCAGCUGGGUGUGGUGCCUGGGAUGGGCAAAAAGCUGUCCAAGCCUGACAACAAGGAGAAUGAAGAGGCGCGAGCCAAGGAGACAGUUGGCCCUAGCCUAGGAGGAGGGGGAGGCGGCGGAGGUGGUGGUGGUGGAGAUGGUGGCAGUGGAGGCGGAGGCGGGGGAGGUAGUGGCGGAGGAAGUGGGCAAGGGAGCAAGGAUGACGUGAAGAAUAACAAGGACAAUGACAAAAAGGAGGAGAGUUCUUGCCUCAGCACUCAUCGGCUGGCCCUUUCCAUGCUCAUCAAGAUCGUAAAGUCUCUGGGUUGUGCUUACGGAUGUGGCGAGGGACAUCGCGGCCUCUCAGGAGAUCGCCUGAGGAUGCAGGCUCAAAACUGCCUGACCAACCUUUACAAGCUGGACAAACUGCAGUUUCGCCAGACAAUGCGCGACUACGUCAACAAAGACUCCCUGAAUAACAUUGUGGACUUCCUUCAUGCUCUGCUGGGCUUCUGCAUGGAGCCCAUCACCGACAAGUACGGCAGUGCAGGUGAGAGGUCCAGGAGGGCGAAAAAACGAAACAUCGACAAGGCGGGAUUCGGGAACAAUUUCACCACUGGAGAUAACAAGUCCCUGGCACAGAACAUGGAGGCGGUGGUGGUGGGUUGCAUGUUCAAGUCGCUGAUCACCCGCUGCGCCUCCACGACACAUGAGCUUCACAGCCCUGAGAACCUGGGCCUGUACUGCGACAUCCGCCAGCUGGUGCAGUUCAUCAAGGAGGCCCAUGGAAAUGUUUUUCGUCGAGUGGCUCUGAGCGCCCUCCUAGACAGUGCAGAGAAGGUCACAGCAACGAAAAAACCUGAUGAGAAAGAUGAGAGCAAACUGCAAUGUCCAAAAAGGUCAGAGGCGGGUGUGUCCGGGGACAAGGGUCAGAUGUCCAGUGCUGCAGAUGAAUGUCGCAGCUACAUCUCCAGUAGACCCCCCCAGACACCCGAACAUGAGGAGCAGAUCCCAGGAGCUCUGCUGGGCAGGAAAGACUUUUGGAGGAAGAUGUUCAAGUCGCAGAGCGCUGCCAGUGACACCAGCAGCCAGUCUGAACAGGACACCUCAGAAUGCACCACCGCCCAUUCUGGUACCACCACGGACCGUCGCUCCCGAUCAAGAUCCCGACGUAUUUCACUUCGUAAGAAACUGAAACUCCCUAUAGCAUGCCGCAGGACCACUCGCCUUCCACUCACCCUCUCUGUCUUACGCAACUGGCUGAAGCGUUCCUCUCUCUCUGGGCUUACCGAUGGUGUGGAGGAUCUGUUGGAUAUCAGCUCAGUAGAUCGACUCUCUUUCAUACGGCAAAGUUCAAAGGUGAAGUUCACCAGCGCAGUCAAGCUGUCAGAGGGGGUUGCCACCGGGCCCGAAUACGGCAGAGAUGAGGAAGAGAAUUUCUUCAAGCGGCUCGGUAAAUGGAGGUCUGGCAGGAGCAAUCCAUCCAAGCUUCACCACACAGAAGAGAAAGAUGGACCCCAUGGUUUCCAGGAGCGUCUUGCCGCCAGUCAGGAGGCCAUAAAAAACAAAAAUGUGGUAAAUUUGGGUGCAAUUCGACAAGGCAUGAAGCGCUUCCAGUUUCUGCUCAACUGCUGCGAGCCAGGCACCAUACCUGACGCUUCAAUCCUCGCCGCUGCUCUGGACCUGGAAGCGCCCAUCGUGGCUCGAGCAUCCCUCUUUCUUGAAUGUGCCCGAUUUGUCCAUCGCUGUAACCGCGGCAAUUGGCCAGAGUGGAUGAAGGGCCACCAUGUUAACAUCACCAAGAGAGGCCUGUCCAGGGGCCGGUCGCCUAUAGUGGGCAAUAAAAGGAAUCAGAAGCUCCAGUGGAAUGCGGCAAAACAUUUCUGCCAGUGGGGAGAUGCGAUUGGCACGCGGCUGAGUGAACUGUGCCACUGCGACAGUGAGAGUCCUGCCAACAUCCUGGGGUACAUCUACGAUGAAGAGACUAAACGAAGAAUGAGGAAAGAGGAUGAGGAAGAGGACUAUUUAGAUGAUAACACCGUCAAUCCAACCAAAUGCGGCUGCCCUUUUGCUCUCAAGAUGGCUGCUUGCCAGCUGUUACUGGAAAUCACCACCUUUCUGCGAGAGACAUUUCCUUGUUUGCCGCGACCACGCACAGAACCACUUGUGGAUUUAGAAAGCUGCCGCCUGCGUCUGGAUCCUGAGCUAGGCCGACAUCGCUACGAGAGGAAGAUCAGCUUCGCGGGCAUACUCGACGACGAAGACGGGCAUGAUUCGCUUAACAGUAGCAGCCACACGCUGAAGUCAGACACCAUGUGUGACGACAAAAAGGCUCAGGAGGCCACAGUGCCCAUGCGAAAGAUUCGUAUCGGUGGCUCGCGACUGCUUCAGAUCAAAGGAGCACGCAGUUUCCGUGUGAAAAAGGGGGGCUCUUUGUCUUCCAUACGGAGGGCAGGCAGCCUGAAGAGCACCAAACUGUCUCGACAGGAUUCAGAGUCAGAGAAUGAGGAAGGGAUACUUUCUCAAACAAACAGCCGAGAUACUGUCACAGACAUCGGUAGUCCCUGCAGUACCAGUGAACCGAGCAUUGAACCGGAAGGCCAAAGCUCAACUGGAGCAGAGGACAACUACCACCGCAACAUGUCUUGGCUUCAUAUUAUGAUCCUCCUCUGCAACCAGCAGAGUUUCAUCUGCACUCACAUUGACUUCUGCCACCCGCGCUGCUACCAGCACCACAACCGCUCCUGUGCCCGCCUGGUCCGCGCCAUCAAGCUUGUCUACGGCGAGACGGUGGACAGCCUAAGAGAGGACAGCGUCGCCGCCGCCACCACCAGUAUCAUCAGUGCUCGUGCCCAGAAGAACAAGGAGUGUUCUGACAAAUCAUGUCUGAGGACGCCGUCCAUGAAGCGGAGGCCCACUGACAGCAACACGGAAGGAAAGAAAGACACCGGAAUGUUAAAGUACAUCAGAAACCAGGUGAUGAGCUUGUCUCCGGCUCCCUUGUCACUGCUCAUCAAAGCUGCUCCCAUCUUGACUGAUGACAUGUAUGGAGACAUUCAGCCGGCAGCCUGGGAGCUUCUGCUCAGCGUGGAUGAACACAUGGCAGCAGCUGCUGCCGCCAUGUUCCUCCUGUGCGCAGUGAAGGUCCCCGAUGCCGUGACUGAGAUGAUGAUGGCUGAGUUCCAGCACCAUGAGGCCUGCCAGCGCAUCAACUCUAUUCUCAAGUUUUACACGCUUUGGCGUUUCCGUUACCAGGUGUGGCCUCGCAUGGAGGAAGGAGCCCAGCAGAUCUUCAAAAUUCCUCCACCCAGCAUAAACUUCACCCUGCCGUCUCCAAUACUGGGCAUGCCCUGUGUCCCCAUUUUCGACCCCCCAUGGGUUCCCCAGAACACCGGAAGCGUCCAAGACCCAAUCAAUGAGGACCAGUCUAAAUCCUUCUCCGCACGGGCAGUGUCGCGCUCUCACCAGAGAGCCGAGCACAUCCUGAAGAACCUGCAGCAGGAGGAGGAGAAACGACGCCUGGGCCGUGAGGCCAGCAUCAUCACUGCCAUCCCUGUGGCACAGGAGGCAUGCUAUGAACCCACGUGCAGCCCUCCGUCUGAGCAAGAGGAAGAAGCAGAAGAAGUGGUGAACCUGGCGUCUCGGCGUCUGUCUGUUAGUCCGUCCUGCGCCUCCAGUAACUCCCACAGGAAUUACUCUUUCCGCCGAGGCUCUGUGUGGUCAGUUCGCUCAUUAGCUAGUGCUGAAGAUGAAGAGAACACGACAGAGCACACGCCCACACACCACAUGUUGCAGCCGCCACAAGCAGUCUUCCCGGCAUGCAUCUGUGCUGCCGUGCUCCCCAUCGUGCACCUCAUGGAGGACGGCCAAGUUCGAGAGGACGGCGUCGCUGUGAGUGCAGUGGCCCAGCAAAUCUUGUGGAACUGCCUGAUUGAGGAUCCUGCCCUUGUCCUGCGCCAUUUCCUCGAGAAACUCACUGUGAGCAACCGGCAGGAUGAUUUGAUGUACAUGUUGAGGAAGCUACUACUUAAUAUCGGAGACCUUCCGGCGCAGACUUCCCACAUCCUUUUCAACUACUUGGUGGGCCUGAUCAUGUAUUUUGUGCGGACCCCGUGCGAGUGGGGGAUGGAUGCUAUCUCAGCGACGCUCACCUUCUUGUGGGAGGUGGUGGGCUAUGUGGAAGGCCUUUUCUUCAAAGACCUGAAGCAGACCAUGAAGAAAGAGCAGUGUGAGGUCAAGCUGUUGGUCACGGCGUCCAUGCCAGGAACCAAGACCCUGGUGGUGCAUGGGCAGAACGAGUGUGACAUCCCAACACAGCUGCCGGUCCAUGAAGACACACAGUUUGAAGCUUUGCUCAAGGAAUGUUUGGAGUUUUUCAACAUUCCAGAGGCCAGAUCGUCUCAUUACUUCCUAAUGGACAAACGGUGGAACCUCAUCCAUUAUUCCAAGACAUAUGUGAGAGACAUUUACCCCUUUCGGAGGUCAGUCUCUCCGCAGCUCAACCUAGUCCACAUGCUGCCUGAGAAAGGACAGGAGCUGAUCCAGAAACAGGUGUUUUCCCGCAAACUGGAGGAGGUCGGUCGUGUUCUCUUCCUCAUCUCCCUCACUCAGCACCUGCCCGCUGUGCACAAGCAGUCCCAUGUCUCACUGCUCCAGGAAGACCUGCUCCGCCUGCCAUCCUUCCCGAGGACCGCCAUUGAUGCGGAGUUCUCUCUGUUUAAUGAGCCACAGGGUAAAGAGCUAUUCGGAUUGGACACCCUUCACAAGGUGCUGUGGAUCAAGCUCCUUGAAGAGAUGUUUCUGGGAAUGCCAAGCGAGUAUCCAUGGGGAGAUGAGAUGAUGCUGUUCCUCAGCGUUUUUAAUGGGGCAUUGCUACUGCACCCAGAAGACAGCGCCCUCCUCAGGCAGCACACGGCAACCGCCAUCAACACCGCGGUGCACUUCAAUCACUUGUUCUCGCUCAGCGGCUAUCAGUGGAUCCUGCCAACCAUGCUACAGGUUUAUGCAGACUAUGAGGGCAACCCUUUAUUGAGGCAGGGAAUCGAGUUCUGCUGCCGCCAAUUCUACAUCCUCCACCGCAAGCCCUUCAUCCUCCAGUUGUUUGCCAGUGUGGCUCCACUGCUUGAAUUCACAACGAGCACCAGUAGUGGCCUUUCCAAGGGAGUGUCAGCUCAAUGUCUGUUCGACCUUUUGGUGUCUCUGGAAGGCGAGACUCAGGAUGCCCUGGAUACAUUAGAGUUGGUCAAGGCUGAGAAACCGUUGCGCUCUCUGGAUUUCUGCUAUGGCAAUGAGGACUUGGCCUUUUCUAUUAGCGAAGCCAUCAAGCUGUGCGUUACCGUGGUAGCCUAUGCGCCUGAAUCCUUCAGAAGUCUCCAAAUGUUAAUGGUACUGGAGGCCCUGGUUCCGUGUUACCUCCAGAAGCUAAAGAGCAACACAAUGACCAUGGAGUCUGCAUCGGCAGCCAGGGAUGAAAUCGCAGCUAUUGCCGCUCUGGCCACAUCCCUGCAGGCGCUGCUCUACAGCUCAGAGGCCCUUACAAGGCCCAUGACUGCACCUCAGGUGUCCCGCUGUGAUCAAGGCCAUAAAGGAGGGACCACUGCCAACCAUACCAUGUCAGGAGGAGUCAACACGAGGGACAAUCUCCACCUUCUGGAAGAGGGCCAGGGCAUGCCACGGGAGGAGCUGGACGAGCGCAUCGCAAGGGAGGAGUUCCGCCGACCUCGAGAGUCCCUGCUAAACAUCUGCACAGAAUUCUACAAGCACUGCGGGCCACGUCUGAAGAUCCUACAGAAUGUUGCUGGCGAGCCACGGGUGACGGCGCUGGAGCUGCUUGAUAUCAAAUCCCAUAUGAGGCUGGCUGAGAUCGCACACGCCCUACUGAAACUAGCGCCAUACGACACCCUGACCAUGGAGAGCCGUGGCCUGCGCCGCUACAUCAUGGAGAUGCUGCCCAUCACCGACUGGUCUUCUGAAGCCGUGCGUCCCGCUCUCAUUCUUAUCCUCAAGAGGCUCGACCGCAUGUUCAACAAGAUCCACAAAAUGCCCACGCUCAGGUGCGCUCGCCCACAGGCAUUAUGCACCAGGAGACAGGUGGAGUGGGAAGCAGCCAGCAACCUGAUUGAAGGCAUCUGUCUGACUCUCCAGCGGCAGCCAAUCAUCUCUUUCCUCCCUCACCUUCGUUCGCUCAUCAACGUCUGUGUCAAUCUGGUGAUGGGGGUGGUGGGCCCAUCCAGCGUUGCAGACGGCUUACCUCUGCUCCACCUCAGCCCUUACCUGUCCCCACCGCUCCCUUUCAGUACAGCUGUGGUGCGGUUGGUCGCCUUACAAAUCCAGGCUUUGAAGGAAGACUUCCCCCUCAGCCACGUGAUCUCCCCUUUCACCAAUCAGGAGAGGCGAGAAGGGAUGCUACUGAACUUGCUAAUCCCCUUUGUGCUAACUGUUGGGUCUGGAAGCAAAGACAGCCCCCGCCUUGAGCAGCCGGAAAUAUUCCUGCUGCUGCAGACGGUCAUCAACAUUCUGUUGCCGCCACGCAUCAUCUCCACGUCCCGCACCAAGAACUUCAUGCUGGACGCUUCGCCAGCUCACUGCUCCACCCCCGGUGACACGGGGAAGGACCUGCGCAGAGAGGGUUUGGCCGAGUCCACCAGCCAAGCGGCAUAUCUGGCUCUGAAAGUGGUGUUGGUGUGCUUCGAGCGCUCCCUGGGGAACCAGUGGUAUCGCCUGAGUCUGCAGGUGAAAGAAAUGGCUCUCAGGAAGGUGGGUGGUCUUGCCUUCUGGGACUUCAUUGACUUCAUUGUGCGAGCCCGCAUCCCCAUCUUUGUCCUGUUGAGGCCCUUCAUACAGUGCAAGUUAUUGAUACAGCCAGCUGACUCUCAGGACGAGAUCACAGCACGUCACCAUAUCGCCGACCAGCUUGAGCGCCGCUUCAUCCCGCGACCUCUGUGCAAGAGCUCACUGUUUGCCGAAUUCAACAAUGAACUCAAGAUCCUCAAGGAGGCUGUCCACAGCGGCUCUGCGUACCAAGGCAAGACAUCCAUCAGCACAGUGGGCACCUCCACGUCGGCCUACCGCCUGAGUUUGGCCACAAUGUCGCGCUCCAACACAGGCACUGGCACUGUUUGGGAACAGGACAGCCAGCCAUCCCGCCAACCUUCCCAGGACACGCUCAGUCGCACUGAUGAGGACGAUGAAGAGAACGACUCUAUCAGUAUUCCCAGUGUCGUGAGCGAGCAUGAGACAUUCUUGCCCAGGCUUAUAUCAGAGCGCCGAUUCUCCAGCCAUGCCACCAGCUCGGCUACUCUGCAACCACAAGCCCCCCGCAGCACCAUGCUGCCCAGUCACAGUGAACCCAAUGUGCUAGAUGAGUCCCAGGGCCUUCUGCAGGAGGGUAACCUCUCUAGGGUUGCCAGUGUACAGAGCGAGCCCGGUCAGCAAAACCUACUCAUCCAGCCACCGCUUGGGAGGAAGAGAGGCCUGAGACAGCUGCGGCGCCCCCUGUUGUCCAUUCCAAAAAAUGAGCCCCGUGGUCGUUCUGGAGCUCGUCUCUCCACAACUCGAAGGAGCAUCCAACCCAAAACCAAACCUCUGGAAACUUUAUUGGACUGCGAAGCAGCGCAAGGAGACCAAAAGAGGUCGGUCACCUUUACGGAAACACAAAGGCAGCAAACGUGUGUGGGAGGCAGCACGCCUUUGAGCCCCAGCGGCGCAGAUGUUCCGAUCGAGGGCAGGAAGGCCAAUCACGCCGUAUCCAAGCCCCCCACACUGGAAGUGCCCUCCGCCUCAUCAGCCACCGUCAUUGCCGAUCUGCACAGCCCUGCAAAAACACAGGUUGCUCCUCCCAUGACUACCAAGGAGAAACGAGAGCAGUGGGGCCUCCGCAGCAGCCUUUCCCCGCCCCCCUCCAUCUCCCGCACCUCCACCCCAACACCCCCUCCCCAUCCAUGCUCCCCUUUGUCCCGCACUUCCUCGCCUCUCCCCCCACCUCUCCCCGUGCUGAGCAUGACAACCGCUCCUGGCCCGCCUCUGCCACUGCCCCUCCAGCCCACUCCAUUUGUUCCUCCGCCAAUGGCGCCCCGCAUCCGAGAGAGUCCGGAGGACGUGGACACCGCCGCGCUCCUGCCGCAAAGCAACACGCUGCUGCAACUCAGCGAGGACGAGGGCACAGAAAACCCCCUCCUCGCCCCACUUCUGUCUGCACCGUCGCCUCGGCGCUCACCUCGCCGUCUGCCCCUUUCCCCCGUUGAGGUGGACUUGGAUGAGUCACAUGUGUAAAGUGGGUUCCAUUUCUUGAUCCUCGAUUCUCAACACGUUAUCACAAGCCACUUCAUACGUUGCGCAGGUGAAGAACCGCACUUCUCAGACAUUAAAGAAGAGCAUACGAAUCCCACAGAGGGGUUGCGCGACCAGGGACGACAGAACAAUGGGCACAACAACAGCCGCAUCUUCAGCAGUAGUCGUCCCAUGAUGACGGCAGCAACUCUUUAAAGUUAAAAAAAACAUACAAGUAGAGAACACUGUGAUUGUGACAUUAAAGUUAUAUUCUAUUCUAUUCUCUAACUGAAUGUAUAUUUUAGUCUAGCUAUUGCUAAUGCAUUCACAAAUUCUAUCACUAAAUAUAAUUAAUAGAAACAAUCAAAUUGCAGGAAAUAACUGUGAGGGUACGUUUAAAGAAAGAGGCUGUUGCAUGCAACAGCGUGUUAUUCUUCAUUUAUGAUUAAAUAUAUGCUACAUAUACAAUUUUAUUUUUAAAAUAUUUAAAAGUAAUCUGAUAUUGAAUAUAUAUCUGACAAAAUGUAAUGUGUUCAUUCCACUGUUGUCUGUUGCAAUACAGUAGUCUCUCGUUUCUUGCCUCGUUUCUCAUUUCACGCCUUAAGGGGAAAAAAAACUGCCUCGGUCUACAUAGGUAUAGACUAGAUUAUUUUCUGGAGUACAGUAAAAUACCUCUGAAAUAGGAAAUAUUACAAUGUGCCAACCAACCAACCAAUACAUUGCUUGUCAUCGUCUGCUUUCUUUCUGUAACCUCACAGGUUUAUUGUCACAAUUGUUCAUGUGUUCUUGUUCUGAUCUUUGAAGACCGAGCAAUAUUUGUGCCAUUGAUGUGUAAGUUUAAUGUUUGUGAGACAAAUAUGAAAAAUAAAUAUGAAAAUAAUAACAUGGCAAA